AUCUACAGGUCUCGCUUCAACUUGAAACUCCCUUGUCUUUAACUACCCGCCACGCACGUAUUUUUGUCAUUGCCAGAAUGGACGAGUCAGCCACGGUUGAUUUCUUUGCCGUGCUGGGGAACGAACUUUACCUCAUUUCAGUAUCUGCAAACAGUAGAAUUGCGGAUAUCUUCGAAUACCUCAAGUCCCGAUAUCCCGAAACUCAUCCAGUCCUGAAGAGGAUCUCGUACAAGCGAUGCAAGUUCUACAAAUUCCAGAACCCUGUAAUAAUUUCCGACGACGACUUGGAUGACACCGAUGCCGUCCAACAAUGUCUGGAUGAGCAUAAUUGGACAGAAGUGUCGCCGAAUAAAUCUUUGAAAGCACUGGGAUCAGAACUAAGAAACGAUCAUGUCUACUUGGUGAUCAAACCUCCGCAACUUGAAGAUGAUACAGAUCCGGCCAUUGAGAAUGUGCGUAAGCAAGACGAAGAGCUUUUUCGUCACUUGCAGGUCACCGUAUCAAAGCUGCAGUCAUGGACAACGCAAGACAUUGGAUAUUACUUGGACGGUGGUACCUGGCUUAUUAAUAGCCAAGAACGACCAGAUUCAAUCGCUGAGAUAGAGGAUCGACUGGAUCGAGCGCGUAUAUAUGCUGUACCAAACACCGACCCGCCGUCUCAUGCGGACCCCAUCCGAGGCUGUUAUCAGCCUCAAACCCGUCAACCACUCUGAUCGCAUCCAGUAGACUGAACCCCCUCCCAGAUGCGACGAGGGACCUGGAAAAUGCCUCCAGUUACCAGGCACUUUUUGAUAACAUAUUUAGGCCCACUUUGUUCGCGCCCAUUGAGGACAGCUCCGUCAAUGUGAAGGACACCCGAGAGUUCGCAGCCUUCUUCAGUGUCCUCCGGUCUUAUCACCAAGACUCCACUUUUCUUGAGAACGGCUCCUCCU